GUAGUGAUAAAAAAGGGGGAAAAGAGCCCGUAGCAAAGCGGCAUAGCGAGACCAGAGGCAGCCGCCCAAUAAACCCUACACCUCUCUCUUCCCCAUUUUCUCUCCCUCCUCCCUUUAAAACAUAGUUGAGAGCGAGCAGAGGCAGCCGUUGCAUAGCAGAAGAAGCACGAGUGCCCCCAAAAACCGUAUCUUUUCCUCUCUCUCUCUCUCCUACCCUUUACUUGUAUCUCUUUCUCUCUGUACCAUGGUUACGGGCGCAGGGGCAUAUGAAGGUGGAGCAGGGGGGAAGAUACGAAGAAAGCCUCCGAGAAAGCCGAGUACUCCUUAUGAUCGUCCUCUCUCUCUAAGUGGUCUCAGAAACCCUUCAGACGAGGGGAGAAAUGGAUGGUUGUCGAAGCUUGUGGAUCCCGCUUCAAAGAUCAUUGCUAAUGGUGCUGCAAAGCUAUUUUCUUCAGUUUUCAGGAAGCGACUUGGUCCUCCCCCUGCGAAUUCUGAUGUUAGACCUGAAGCUAGAAACGAGCCUAUCAAAGAUGGUUUAGAUAAUCCUUUACUUGUGGAACCAGAGCAAGUUACAGACCAGCGGGAAAAACAGGAUGAUGCUCUUGACAGCACUGGGUUUAAUGAACUUGAGGAGUUGCUAAAGCAGAAGACGUUUACAAGGGAAGAGUUUGAUCGCUUGUCAGAGUUACUACGUUCACGCACUGUUGAUUCUUCUUCUGAUGAAAGUAAAAGGGUUGGGCUGAACACAUUAGAGGCAACAGUGAAUCCUGAAAGGCAGAGUAAUUUGGAAAUAGUUGUGGAAGAAGGGACAAAUCCCUGGCAGAGCAGUAAUCCUGGAAACGUGGUGACUCCUGCUGUCCAUUCGAGUAUAUUAUCACAGAUCCCUGAUGAUGUCGGUGCAUCACCAGCAGAAAUUGCAAGAGCUUAUAUGGGUGUCAGGCCUUCAAGAGCAUCACCAUCUUCCUUUGGUUUACGAAGUCACCCUCUGAGAAGAGAUGUAUCUAUGAUAAGGAGCACAACAUAUGCCCCGAAAUCAGUUGACCUGUCGCUCACAUCAAAAUCAUCUGUACGCUUUUCUGGUUUUCCUGGACUUGCUGAAGAUGGCUAUCUGACCCCAACCCGUGGUAGAUCUACCCUUUAUAAUGCGAUCCGAACACCUUAUUCUAGACCAGUUGGUCUUACUGAUCAAGAGGGUAGUGCUAAUGGGUAUGCGGGUCCCUCAACUCCAUCUUAUUGGACAACAGCAAAUGGUUCUUCUGGGGGCAGACAGGUUCUGAAGAGGAGGAGUUCUGUUAUGGAGAAUGGUUUUGGGUCAGUUGGAACCAUACGAAGGAUACGCCAGAAGUCUAACUUGAUGGUGCUAUCGAAAGCACCCAAUGCUUCAGUUCCUGCAAGUAGUCCACUUCCUCUGCUCCUUCCUGGUUCUGAUGCUGAUCAAAACUCAUUUGUACCUCCAAAGUUAGAUGUGCCUGAAAGUAGUACAUCCAAAUCCCAGGCUGAUGGGAAUGGAGAAGAGAGAGGGGUUGUUAUGGUUCCUCAGCAAACCAGAGAGACAGUGAAAAGAAUAUUUGCAGGGCUUGACAAGAUGUUUCCUUCUCCUAAGGACAAGUCUUCUGAACUAAGGCUGGCUACUGGAGCACCCACUAAGUUGACCCCUGAUAUGUUGCAAGGGCAGGCCAAAAGAAGCAUGGAGAUUGUAGAUUUUCCAAAAUUACCUAAUUUACACGGCAAUUGUUUGGAUGCUCACAAUGGUACUCAGUCUCAUGGUCCUACUGUUGAUAAAAGGAAAGAGAUGGGUGUUGCAAAUGGCCCUUUGAAGAUUGUUGAGGGAAGAAGAGAAGGGACCGAAUCUCCGGAUACAAGAAACUCUAAUGUUGCAGCAACUAAUGCCAUUUCUGGUGUGGUGAGUGUAGAUACAGCAAGUCAGGCCAUUUCUACAGCAAAACCUUCACGGAAGAGACAAGGAUUCCAAAUGAGUGCACCUGAGGUCUCGCUAGACCCAGAUGAAGGUAUCUAUGGCGGCGGUCAAAUGCCCUCACCCAAGAAGCAGGGACCUCCAGGAUCUGAAACAUUUGCAUUGCAGAUGCCAUCUGGCUCAAAGAAAGAAGCUUCCCUUCGUGAACCAUUUACUUUACCAAAACCACAUGGCUCAGUACAAAAUGCUUCCACUUCUGAAGCAGUUCCCACCCCAAAGCCUUUGGUGCCCUCGGCACCUGUUGAAAAGCCUGCCUUGAGCUCUACCCAGCUUGCAAGCCUUGACACAAAAGCUACUUCUGGGCCUAUUGUUUCUCAAAACAACUUGGGUUUCACUUUCCCUGUUACUCCUUCCAGUCUGUAUUCAGAAGCACCUCCAACACCUACUACCUCACCAUUUUCAAUGCUAGAUAAACCAGUUCAGCCCAAGGAAAAAGCUUCCUCCCAAUUUGGUUUUGGUUCUACAAGCACUGCCAAGGUUCCUGCUUUCUCGAUUCCCUCCUCGCCUGCUAUCUCGGAUAGUUCGAGUCUGAAAUUUGGUGCAGGAACAUCUGUUUUGGAUGGCUCGAGUUUCAAAUUUGGUGCAGGAGCAGUAUCUUCUGUUUCACUAGGUUCCAAUAUGAAAUUUGGUGAGAAAACAACGCCUUCUAUUCCAGAUGGUCCCACUCUGAAAUUUGGGGGGAGAACAUCUCCUUUGAUGUCAGAUGCUACUAAUCUGAAAUUUGGUGCUGGAACAGUGCCUUCUGUUUCAGAUGGGACCACUGAGAAAUUUGGUGCAGGAACAGGAACUACUGCUCUGGAUGGUUCGACCCCAAAAUUUGGUGUAGUAACAGUUUCUGCUGUUUCGGAUGGUUCGAAUGUGCAAUUUGGUGGAGUAUCAGGAUCUGGUCUGAAAUUUGGUACUGGAUUGGAGAGGAAUGGACAGACUUCUGGCAGUAAUGCUGCUGUUGCAACAUCAUCAGUAUCUCCACCUGUGAACACAGGAUCAGUGGAGCCCAAUCAAACAACUCAGGCGCUUGGAGAACCCCUGAAACCCUCUGAAAAUGCCCCCACGACCUCAGGCACCAAGCCUGAGCAAUCCCCAACACCUCUGAAUUCCUUAUUUUCUAACUCUUCGCCUACCCCUAUUGAUCAGACAUCUUCAGUGCCAUCUUUUUCGACCUUCAGUUCAUCUUUUCCGUCGCCUUCAUUUCAGUUUGGUUCUAGCUCCACCAUAUCUUCCACCUCAACAACAAUGGCUAGCCUCCAGCCCACGACCACGGAGUCAAAGCCUUCACCAUUGAGUGGUGCCACUGGGGCCUCUUUCCUGGCUGCUACAAACUCUUCAUUUGGCUUGUUUGGCCAAAGUGCACCCAACUCAGGUGUCUUUGGCUUGACUAACUCAGCUGCCAUCUCCCAAACUUCACCACAGUCUGGGUCCACUGCUGUCCCUCUUUCCUCGAGCUCACCUUUCCAGUUUGGAUCCGCUUCAUCUCAGUUUGGCUCAAGUGGGUCCCUGUUUGGGUCAUCUUCUCCUUCUACAGCAGGGAAUUUAUCUGCAUCCGGGUCUGGGGGUGCCACAGCUACUAGUAUUGGGACUGGGUCGGCUCCUCCUCCGUUUAACUUUGGCUUCAAUGCAUCUUCUUCAUCAAGUGGUGUGGCUGCGUUUAGUUCGAGCAGUAGCAGCCCCGCUUUCCAGUCGUUUGGGUCUUCUACAGCACCACUCUUCGGUUCUGGUUUUGGCACAUCAGCCUCUACCGGCUUCUCUUUUGGGGGGUCAUCAGCCUCGAUGAGUUCCCACUUUUCAGGGGCCUCAUCGGCGCCCACUAGCACCCCAUUCACCUUUGUUUCCACACCCUCAUCAGGGCCUGUCUUCCCAUUCACAUCUUCGGCAGCGACCCAAUCCCCCAAUCCUUUUCUGGGGCAGGGUUUUGGUGCAUCGGCUUCACCAAUGAAUAAUAGUGGCAAUAACAGUAACAAUAAUGAUCAGAUGAAUGUUGAAGAUAGCAUGGCUGAAGAUACGGUCCAAACAAUGCAGCCAUCACAGGCCAUGAUCUCGGCAUUUGGGUCUCCGAGCCCAAGUUCGAGUUUUGUGUUUGGUGCUCCGAGUGCAACUCCUACAGGUGGUCCAGCACCCUUUCAGUUUGCGGCUACUCCAUCUCCAAUUGGGGCUGGAGGGAGCUUGGAGUAUGCAGGUGGGAGUUUCUCAGUUGGGGCUGGAGGUGACAAGUCUGUUCGCAAAAUUAUUAGGGCAAGGAGAGACAAAGUCAGGAAAAAGUAGGUGGUUUGGUUCUGGGUGGAAAUUUUCUUCGAGGGUGUUUUUUGCAUAGAGACCUCAGGAAAAGGCGAGAGGAUGUGGGCCUGAGAUUGGUGCUUUUAAUCACCGGACCAUGGUUUCUCUGAGACAGUUUGCAUCAUAAAGAUGGGUGGCUUUAUGGUGUGAUUGUUUUCCCGCAAGUUGUAAGUGUCGGAGAGGUGGCAUUUCUGUCGUUCUUAUUGCUGGGUGAAGGCACGGCGAAAGUCGGAUCAGGCUCCUGUGAUAGGAUAUGGUAACCAUAAUUCUAGUGUUUCGUGUUACUUUUUGAGUAAUAUAUUUUUCUUUUCAAUUUUGCUCUCUCUCGCUCUUAGAGGACCUGCUGUACUUCCAGUUUCGUUGCGCAUGCUGAUGCAUGCGGUGUAUGCUGUGUAUUUUCGCCUUUUUGUAACAUAAAUACUGGCAUGUAUUAACUUGGCACAGAGUUCCAUGUCUGUGGGCUUAUUCAUUUUUCAAGGAUAUAUUUCUCUUUUUCCUUCGGACCCUAA